AUGUGGAGUUUGCAGCUGCCGCCCAACAAGGUGGUUGAAGUAUUCGGAUUGCGUGCCAACCACCCAAGUCGCCAGAUCACAAUCAUGGAAGACCUGGUUGCUGAGGUGAAGACUGCAUAUUUGUUGCUGUCUUCGGAGACGUAA